AUGAGACAAAUCCUCCUACAAAGGCAAGACAAGUUUGAAAGUACACUUACCCCUCGAUCCUACAUAAAAUGCUGGACACACAAUCUGCACAACUUAUUGCUAAGUUUCAGUCCUCCAUUAAAGAAGUGCAGCAAGAACUCCAAGAUUGGAGGCCGCCUGGCCCACCUCGAGUCCAAAAUGGACGACAAAGCAACAGCGCACAACUCCUUGGCUGACUCGCUGCAACAAAUAGAAGAGAAACUGACCAAACAUGAGAUGAAACUUACCGACUUAGAGGACCGCUCGCGCAGGAACAAUCCGCGACUACACGGUAUACCAGAGUCCAUAGCUAUGGGGGAUAUGGUAAUGUAUGCUACCACCAUGUUCCGCGCACUCUGUCCGGACAUCCCCUCAGAGAUGUUUCUGCUGGAAAGGAUGCACAGAGUGGCAAAG